GGAAAUAUUCGCUUCAUUCUUCAACACACUGCAUUAGGAAGUAUUGAUAGUGGCUAAAUUAUUUAGAUCCAGGGUUCAGAAUGGAAGGACAAGUUCCAAUUGUGUCCGUAAAGACAUUAUUGACGGGUCAAGCUACGGACCCUGCAGUAUUGGAGACAUCCAAGCAACUGCUAACCGCUGCCCACGAGUGGGGCUUCAUUUUCAUCAAGGAUCAUGGCGUUCCACACGAAUUUCUAGAGGAAUUGGAUAAAAUCUCCCGAGACUUCUUUGCCCUCCCGAUGACGGCGAAAAUGGAGCUGAAAAUGCUGCUUGGGGGGAAAGCAUGGCGUGGCUACUUUCCCCCGGGAGGAGAACAAACGUCCGGAAUUCCAGACGCCAAAGAGGGAAUAUACUUUGGUACAGAGCUGGGGCCAGACCAUCCACGAGUGAAAGCAGGCACACCAUUGCAUGGCAAAAAUUUGUGGCCUGAUCACACCGUCCCAAAGUUACGACCAAUUAUCCUAGAAUAUCUAGCCCGGCUUACGAUACUUGGUCACGAGCUCAUGCGUGGUUUCGCAAUUGGUCUGGAAUUAGGAGAAGAUUAUUUCAAAAAGUCGUUCGGAAAAAAUGGCCCCACAAUUUUAUUUCGCAUCUUUAAUUAUCCCAAAUCGGACCAAGUUGAUGGGUGGGGCGUAGGAGAGCACACGGACUACGGAUUUCUGACAAUUCUGAAAACUGAUCAUCACCCUGGCCUACAAGUUCUGAGUCCGGACCAAACCUGGAUUGAUGUGCCUCCCAUCAAGGACACCUUCAUCGUUAACUUGGGCGAUCAGCUUGAAAUUGCAACGCAAGGGUUUUUACGAGCGACUCCACAUCGGGUGAAGAUCCAGCGAAGUGGGGAUCGGCUGAGCUGGCCCUUCUUUUUCGACCCUGACUGGGACGUGAAGAUGAGGGCUGUGGCCGUGGAUGAGUCAAGAGUUCUCAAAGAAUGGAUAAGGAACGGGGGAAGCAAGAACAGGAAGCCAGGCCAACGAUGGGAUGGGAUGGAUUUGCACCAAAAUCCAGAGUCCGUGACGUAUGGGGAAUAUCUCAUGAACAAAGUCUCAAAAUGCUUUCCUGAACUCUUCUCAUCCGUCUUGUAGCAAAAAUAUGUUGGAUGUAAAAGUAAAAAUAAAAUCGAAAGUGGAGAGCAUUACCUUUAUAGUUA